UCAUUACGUACGUUGGUAAAACACUGUCUCCUGGCAACUUGGCUGUCAAGUGAUGUUUACUAACACACUAAUGUAGUUUGAAAAGCCUUUGAUAUAAAGGUCCCAAGAAAAGAGAAUUGUAUAAAUAAUUACCCUGCAAUAACCUUCUGAUAUACUUGUGCCAUCCACGAAACAAUAUUUUCUUAAAUAACACCUCUAUUUUCUUCCCUUUCCUUAAGAUAAGUCAGAGAGGGAGAUACCAAAGACAAGAUACCCAGCGUGCUAUGACUUUCGAUACCAAAGUGCCCACAACUGGCUUUUCCGAUAUACCCCCCCCCCCCCGUCCUGGAAAACCGUUAGAGCUUUUGACAUUCAAAUAUCCCAACCAAUCAUCACUCAGUAGUCGAUGGUAGGCCCAUAUCAGAAUUCAAACUACAAAUAUACAAUUUUUUUUUUUUUUAUUCUUAGCCAAUUCGUACUGAUAUUAAUCUAUCGCCUGCCAAUCUGCUGUGACACGCGAUUGGACAAUUUGUACCUUGCAGACACUCCUGAUUGCAAUAAUUUAUUUUGCAAUAAUUCAUAUUAGAAACAAAAAAAUCUACGGACCAAUCUGCAUUUGAGACGAACCUCUGAAAGACUUAUAAAAAAAAAAAAAAAAUCUCACAGGAGAACAUAUAUCAUUAUAUAUAAAAACAAACAAACAAACUUUUAUUUGGUAGUAUUUUGUUAUAACUUCGAAUAACGACAGACGAAUCAACGACAAUUUUGUAAUAUAUAUGUGACCCCGCGGAUAAACGGAGGAAGCAAAAGUUUUAGAACACGAACAGGAAAUAAUCCAAAGAAAUAAGUAAAACGAAAAAUAAAGAAAAAAAAAAUAGCAACAGGAAAUAACGAUAACGAAAAGUAGAAGCAAAAAAACAACAAAAAAAAAGAAAUAAAACGAAACAUAGUUGAUUAACGAAAUUACCAUACCAAAGAAUACGAAACAAAAACAACAGCAAGGACAAGAAAAUCCCACCUGAAAAAAGAAAGAAGAAUAAGACGAAGAAGAAAAAAGAAAGAAAGAAAGAAAAAAAAACACACCUCGCAAUCGUCACCUGGUCAAGCGGAGCGGACCCCCCACCCCCCCGCCCCACCUGUGCCACCACCUGCCGCAGCUGCUGACAGGCGCCCCCCCCUCCCCCCCAGAUGGUUCCUUGUGUCAUUCCAAAGCAAGAUUUAGUUGCUUAUGAACUCUCGAUGUUACUUGAUUUCUGUAUUGAUUCGCAGUAAAUAAAGGACAUGGAUACCGCUGGCCUCUCGCUGCUCGUGAUAGUGGCGUUGCAGUCGCAGGUCCUCGGGGAGCUGCUGAUCCCUCCGCCGCCCCUGGUCACGGAUCAGCCCUACUUCGACUCCUCCAUGAAGGACAACCAGACAGCUCACGUGGGGCGUCAGGCGGAGCUGCACUGCCGCGUCCACUCCAUCGGGAACAGGACGGUCUCCUGGAUCCGCGGCCGCGACUUGCGCAUCCUCGCCGUCGGCCGCUACACGUACACGACAGACCUCCGCUACGAGGCUCUACACCAGGCGGGGACCAACCAGUGGACGCUGAGGAUCAAGUCCGUCCAGCCGCGGGACCAGGGGACUUACGAGUGCCAGAUCAGCACGAAGCCCAUCAAGGAGUUCACGACGUACCUCACCGUCUUGAAACCCCGCGGCGAGAUCCUUGGCGCCCCCGACCUGUACGUGCAGAAGGCCAGCAUGAUCAACCUGACCUGCGUCCUGUACGACCUGCCGGAGCCGCCGAGCUACGUCCUCUGGUACCACAGCAACAAGUACCACAGCCUCAGGAACAUCAGCUACAGCAGCAGUCGCGGCGGCAUUUCCAUGGUCGUCGAGAAGGGACCGACAACCAUAAGCUACCUGUUGAUUCGAGAAGCGCGAGACGAGGAUUCUGGAGUGUACACCUGCGUCCCCUCUAACCACAAUGCAACCACCGUCAGUCUGCACGUCCUCAACGGAGAGCACCCGGCGGCCAUUCACACCAACAGCUCCGUCAGCUCCUCGGCGGGCGGUCAAGGGGCGGUGCUGGUGACGACGACGCUCCUGAGGUUACUCGCUCACCUCUGGUUCUCCAUCACCUGAUAAAGGCUCCUUCGUCGUGAG